AUGGCUUUUGGUUUCGCAACCACGGGGGAUGAGGUGGUCGAGGCAUUCAAGGAUCGGGUCAUUGGCAAGACGUUCUUGAUCACGGGUCCGACUCCAGGAGGGAUAGGUGCUGAAACCGCGCUCAGCCUUGCAAAAGCGGACCCGAAGCGCCUGAUACUAGCGGGUCGGUCGCAGCAGAAGAUCCAGCCGCUUGUCGAACAGAUCCAGAAAGAGAAGCCCAACGUCGAGGUCAGCUUCGUUCAGGUUGAUCUGGCGAGUCUGAGUUCAGUACGCAAGUCUGUCGACCGGAUCAACUCUGUGCUGGCUGGUGAUAAAAUCGACGUGCUGAUCUUGAAUGCUGCGAUCAUGGCUUGUCCAUAUGCUCUCACUGUGGAUGGGUUUGAAAGUCAAUUCGGGACAAAUCACCUGGGCCAUUUCUUGUUGGGGAAUCUGCUCUUGAGAGGAGAUCUGGUGCGCUCGCGAAUCGUGGUCGUCAGCAGCUCGGCAUCCGAACGGAAAGCAGACUAUGCUUUUGCCCCCCUAAAGGACAUCUCCUACGACCAUGACAAGAAAUAUGAUCCCGUCCAGGCCUACACUUUCUCAAAGUCAUGCAAUAACAUGUAUGCCCGUCGCCUCGCAAGAGAGCUCAAGCCCAAGGGCAUCGUUGUCUUCAGUCUUAACCCUGGAAGCAUUAUUACGAACCUCCAAAGUUAUAUGACGGAGGAGGUCAGGAAUCUGGCGAUUGAGGCGGCAAAGAGGGAGAAUCCAGAGUUCGAGGUCCCUGUACGGAAGACGCUGCAGCAAGGGGCUUCCACUCAGCUUUGUGCUGCCUUGGAUCCAAGUCUUGAACCUGAGUCUGGAGCGUACCUUGAUCACUGUCAGGUCAAGGAGCCGGCUGUUCACGAUGGCCAUGCAGCAUUCGCCGAUCAGGUCUGGGAAUUGAGCGAACAGCUUGUCGGUGAGAAGUUCCCGUUCUAG